AUGGAGACGGCGACGUCAUAUUCUAGUUGUGGCGAAGCUAUGAUUCACCAAGUGCCCCGCGAGCGAGGUAUUUCCAUAGGAGGACCGAUAAGCGAUAAGGCACUCUUGGCGAAGCAACAACACCACCUGCUGGGGUUAGUGAGGCGGCGGGACCCUGACGGCAUCACCAUUCGCCCAGAGCCGAAUGUGAAGAAUCACGCUGUAUCCACUCCCGCCAUGGCCGCGCGGAAGCUUGGAGGCGGGAGGAUACUGGGGAGCGGGAAGUCGCUGGCGCCGCCGAACACGUCGUCGCAUACGAGGUCGUCGAGCCUCCUCAGCAUUGGGGAGAGCGUUGUCAGCGUCGACUCAAAUGUGAGCACGCUGGGGACGAGCCCGCUGAAGCAUGGCAGAAAUGAUUUAGGAUCACGAGUGAGCUUAGAUAGUAGGAAUGAUGGCAAUGAGGCGAAUACGGGGAGCACGAAGCUUAUUUGCCCUAUAUGCAACGAGGAGAUGAUGACUCUGUUACAACUCAAUCGACAUCUAGAUGAUGACCACCGAGAGCUACCGCCGGUCGAGCAAGUGGAGGUGAAGAAUUGGUUUGAGAAGCAGGUUGUUAAAGCGAAGAAGUUCCAGCCGUUGGUGGUAAUAAACCAGAAGCUCAAGGGACUUGAUGUCUUCGAGUCGAACGAUUCCCUCGCGGUAAUGCCUAUACAAACUACAUCAUCUUCUAUCCAUAGACCACAGCAAUCGGUGGAACAAGUCCGGCAGCCCGACCCAGACGAGGUUGUCACGCGAACGCACUGGCAGAAGAACGGUUACAAUGAUGUGUGCACAGAGCCGUCAUGCGGCAAGAGGCUGGGUCCUGUCAAUGGCAACAUCAACUGUAGGAAAUGCGGACGCCUUUUCUGCGAAGACCAUACCAUGUACCAAAUGAAGCUGUCGAGAUCAGCACAACACGAACCUGUCCGGGGAUUCUGGUGCAGGUGCUGCGAAACGUGCUACAAAUCAAGGGAAGGAUAUAACGACCACAGCAACCUUAUCAAGAACCAUACGGAUGCCUUCGCGGCACUACGGAGGCAGAAAGUUGACAAGCACCACCUUGAAAUUUCAAGGUUGGAAAAGAGGCUUUCGAAACUCACGCAGCUACUGGCAAAUCCGCCCGAAGAUUUAGUUGCAAGCGGUGGAGGUCUCUUAUCAGGCUCGCGAAACGACCCACGGAAAGCUAUCGAGCAAUCCGUGGUUAGGUGGGAAGAAGAUGCAAAAGUGGCAAAGUGCCCAUUCUGCCAGCAAGAAUUUGGCAACUGGACUUUUAGGAGGCACCACUGCAGGAUAUGCGGUCGUGUUGUAUGUGCUGAUUCACGAACUGGAUGUUCAUCCGAAAUUGGCUUAAACGUCAGCAGAAAAAUCCCACCAGGCAAUAUGAAUAUUGAUGUUAGGAUGUGCCGAGAUUGUCGAACAACGAUAUUCAGCAGGAAAGAUUUCGAGGCCGAAUUGGUGCAUAAACCUACAGUGCAAAAGUCUUACGAGAACCUGAUACAGUUUGAGCGAGGUAUACGGCCACUUCUGGCUAGCUUCCAGAAGACGCUUCCGAUGUUACAGGAUCCCGAUCAGCCUCCAUCUCACACACAGCUGGCUGAAGCAGCUAAAGUAAGAAAGCGGCUGAUUGACUCCUUUGGAAAGUACGAUAUGGCAGCAAAACGCAUACGGGAUCUCCCGACCUCGAACGAGACGGAGGCUAAGUUGCAGAAAGCAAUAUACCAACAAGCGUCGAAUUUCCUGCACCUCCAUAUGCUGCCACUGAAAUCUCUUCCCAAACUACUCAAACAUGCCUCGCCUCAUGGGUCCGGAAACCCAAGGCCGGCGCGUAACGGUGGUGGUGGCGCCCUUGCUGCAAUCAAAUAUAACGACAUUGACUCUGCGAGCCAGAUGAGCAGUAGCUCCUCUGUCUUGGCUAUGGAAGCGGAAGAGAAGGAGCUACGAGAACGGUUAAUUGUCUUAGAAGAGCAGAAGUUUAUGGUUAGUGAAAUGAUCGCCGAUGCGAAUAAAAGGCGGAAAUUCGACGAGGUUUCCAGCCUGUCGAUGAAUAUGGAGGAUCUGAGCAAGGAGAUCGAUCAGGUUACGGGUAUGAUUGAGCACUUGGAUUUCGCCGGAGCCUAUGAAAAUGGCCAGGUGGGGAGGUGA